ACGUAACGCCGGUUGGGCCAAUCAGAGGGGAGGUUUCGGUGCGGCGCUGUGAGUCGCGAAGCGGCCUGGACCACAGAAGAGCCAUGAAUUCACUGGAACAAGCGGAAGAUCUAAAGGCCUUCGAGAGGAGAUUGACUGAGUAUGUGUCCUGUCUACAGCCAGCCACAGGCCGGUGGCGAAUGAUUUUGAUUGUGGUGUCAGUAUGCACAGCAACCGGAGCUUGGAACUGGUUAAUAGAUCCAGACACUCAAAAGGUGUCUUUCUUUUCAUCUUUAUGGAACCAUCCAUUUUUCACCAUCAGUUGUGUCACUCUCAUUGGCCUGUUCUUUGCAGGAAUACAUAAGCGAGUUGUUGCACCAUCAAUUAUUGCUGCACGCUGCCGGACAGUGUUAGCAGAAUACAACAUGUCCUGUGAUGAUACGGGGAAACUUAUUCUAAAGCCACGGCCUCACAUCCAGUAGCAUCGCACAGACUGUAGGAACUAUCAUAUAUUGAUCACCAUGUGGAUCGCAGAGCAUACACACUUACAUACAGCACAAAAGGGGAACAUCAGAUAAAUCAAAAUCAAGAUUGGAAUAAUAUCUUCUGAGCAGGACUCCCGUUUCAUUGUUCUGAAGAGUGGAAGCCGCAGUUUUUUGUGUGUUUUGGUUUGUUUUUUGCUUUUUUUUUUAUUUAAGAAAAUGACCUUUUCUGCCAUUUUAGAAGCUUCCCCUGUACACAGAUGAUCCCUGGUGGGUAGAACUUUUACUUGCGUUCACUUUCACUUUAUUUGAAAUGCCGUUCCCUUAUUUUAAAUGUAGUGUUCAAUAUGUGUAUUUUAAAGCAAAUUGUUGAACACAAUAAAUAUUAAACACACAGA